GGGCGCGGCGGGGUGGCCCGGCGCGGACGAUCCCGGUCGGGCGGAGGAGGAGGAGGAGGCAGCGCCAUGGCCCCGCGGGGGUGCUGCCGGUGGGCGCUGUUGCUGGCCUGCCUGCCGGCCGGUUGCCUCUCCCUGCUGGUGACGGUGCAGGAUCCUGAACGUUAUACCACCUUAUUUGCCAGUGUCAUCCUCAGGUGUGACUACAGCACCUCAGCACAGCUGCAAGACGUGGUUGUGACCUGGCGCUUCAAAUCCUUCUGCAAGGACCCCAUCUUUGACUACUACUCAGUCUCAUACCAGGCUGCUCUAGCUCUUGGCCAGGACCCAUCUGACGACUGCAAUGACAGCCAGCGAAAGGUACGCAUUGUCAUCCAGAAGUAUGGGCAGAAGGAGCCUGUCCUGGGGAUCGACUACCAGCAACGAAAGAUCACCAUUCAGAACCGGGCAGACCUUGUCAUCAGUGAGGUCAUGUGGUGGGACCAUGGUGUGUACUACUGCACUGUGGAAGCACCAGGAGAUACCUCAGGUGAUGCUGACAAAGAAGUUAAGCUGAUUGUGCUCCACUGGCUCACAGUACUCCUCAUCGUUCUCGGUGGCCUCCUUCUCCUUCUGCUGAUUGGAAUAUGCUGGUGCCAGUGCUGCCCCCAGUAUUGCUGCUGCCACAUCCCAUGUGUCUGCUGCCCAACCCGGUGCUGCUGUAACGAGGAAGUACUGAAACGGCAUCAGUUCAUGAAGCAGGCUCAGGCACUUGCACCUUGGAUGUCACCCAACAUGUUCUACGGAGGUGCCGACAGGAACUCGCAACUUUCCUCUUACCAGCUGAACCCCCUACUGCAACAAGAUGUGUCUCUGCAGAACAGUCUUCCACUGGUGCAGCCACAAGCUCAGCUUUUCCCUAACAAGGGUGUUUUGGACUAUCUGGAGUCCGAAAUCCAAAACCUGAACAUGUCACAGCUCCGGCCACCCUCCCACCAGCGGCAGGCAGUGCAGCCCAGCUUGCUGUCCUCCCUGGGCUCUGAGAUCAUGCCACCUCCUCUCACUGAUCACGUCUCCUCCAUCCAUGGGAGCAGCAACUCCUCACGGCCACAGAGAGCUGCCCACACCCCCAGACCCUGGGACUCUGCAGCAGAGGACAGGAGGGAAAACCGGAGGUUGCCCUUGCCUUCCAAUGAGGAUUCUCAUUCCAGCUACAGUCGGGAGCCCUGGGACAGGCGGCGAGAGGACCAUCCUCAGAGGCAGAGGACAGGUGGCUACAAUGGCAGGCCGCAGCACUACAGGCGAGAUGUGUCACCCCCACGUCAGGCUGAGAGGGGCAAGAGCAGCAGCAGCAGCAGCAGUUUCUAUCCAGAGGAGGCCAAGGAGCGUUCCAGCCACCAUCGUGGCUGGAGACCGGAGCCCACAGGGAGGCCAGAGUACCAGCACUACACCAGGAGGAGCAAUAACUCCGGUCAGCGGCGCCACAGCUACUCUCCCCCUUCUCGUCGGGGGUCAUGGAGUUCCUCAGAAGAGCAAGUCCGUCUCCCAGCAACAAACCGCAGGCGGCGACACCGGUCUCGGGAGUGGCCAGAAGAUAAACCCCCCAGUUAUCGCUCAUUAGAAGUCAUCCCAGGUCAGGAGAAGAAGCACAAAAACCACGCAGGGCCACGCUCGGACAGAGGAAGUUCCCACAGUGGAAGAAGCAUAGUCAUUUAAUGCCACUACUGAAAGAACUAAGAUUCCCACCGGACUCCUAUUAGCUUUUCUACUAUGUAUGUUGGGAUGGCUGCUUUUGAUUGAACCGACAACCAGCAAAAAAACAGAUGAAGCUGCUUCCCUUUAGACUUGUAACUCUGAAGAAUCUAUGUCUAGUGGCCAUGAAAGCAAUACAUAACUCCUUUUUAUUCUUGUGGUCUGUUGAAGACAUUCAACAGAAACAGCAGAUUUUUUUUUUUAGUAAAUGAUGUAUUCCUAGUCUUUAAAGAGAGAUACCAGUUGUCUUUGUUAGUUGCCCUGGCACUGCAAGGAGCCCAGUCCAUAGAAUGCUGGUCCUUUGCACACCAGUUACUGAAGAAUGGCUCCGAUGAUCACAGAGUUGUAAAGUCACAGAACAGUAGAAUAAUCUGGGUUGGAGGAGGCCUCUGUAGGUCACCUAUUCCGGUCCCCUGGGAGCUUGGCAUAGGGAGGCACAGCAUCUCCUUUCUUAGGCCUUCUGUUGUGCUUCACAAUGUGUAAUGUUUGCUGCUUCUUCUUGGCUGCUCAGCAUAGUUGGGCAGUUGCUUCCUUUUGUUCCCAGUAAGCCUCUCUCCCAAAGAGAGGGAUCACAAUGUUGGAAGGAUAUUUGACUGCCUUAAUAAGAGCUCACUGGCACAUCUGCAAAUUGCCAGCUUAUGUACCAGCUUAUAUACUGACUGAAACAAACUGCCCUACUUUAAGCUUAGACCUUAGUGCCUUAAAAGAUACUUGUUCUAGCCUUUAACCCAGACUUGAAUUUAGUUGUAAACUUAAAGGGCUAAAUUUACCAAGGUUUGGCCAUCCUUACAGAGACUGUACAAGGCAUCACUACUCUCCCUUACACCAUGGACCAGAAUUUCUUUGAACUCUAGGAAGCGUGACUUUUGUGGAUAUAUCUUUCUUAAGCCAGGUACUCUUUUCCGUAGAUUUAAUUUCUGCCUUUUCUCUCUGUGCCAUGUAUCACAUACAUGGGGUGGGAUAAAGGGUUGUGAAGAAGUCACACAGUCACCGUUUUUACUUUUGUCCUUGAUCUUUACCCUGACAUUUAUACCACUCCUGCAUACGUGGUGCAUCUGAUCUGUAGCUAGAUUGCAGGGUUUUCUCAUCUUUUACCUUCCAAUUAGAACACAGAAUUUCUGUGUGCACUGAGACCACUUGUAAAGGAGAACAACUUGCCAUUUCUCCUUGAUGUGACUCAUCCACUGUUUUCAUUUAACAUGUGGUGGAAAACAAGAGGUUCACUGGGUGCUGGCUUCUUCCACGGAAAACUGGCUUGCCAAAGGCACUUCUUGGAUUCAAGAAACUCAAAGGAGCUUUUGGAGGACCAUGUGAAGUAUUUUGUAACCCAGAGGCACUAGAGAUUGGCCAGUAUCAAUGACUGUGCUGCCUAGCUUAUUUCCCAACCAGUGCCGCAUGGGACACUUGCUACUGUUUGUUUUUUAAUGUCCCAAUUACUGAUGUACUUAUGCUUUCCCUUUGAAGACUGACUUGAAGAGACUUUCACUUUGCCCACUUCCUUUUUUUCUUUCCUUUGGACAAUGAUGGGAAGCAUCACACUUGGAGCAAAUACUCCUAGCUGGAUAUCCAAUGCAGUUGCUGGUCAACCAAAGACUACUACAACAGAGUGCUCAUUUUCCCACAGUUUCUUGGCUGACAGUGCUUACUUUUAAUUCCUGUGUAUGGAGAUGAAGCAGGAGGACCCACUAGCUUCUCUGGUUGGCUUUGUUUCAGAACUAGAGGCCUACUUUUUGAAGACAGAGGGGCUGUUCACCACCAGUUGGUGGCUAGCACAAAACGAAGCUAGAAGAGCUAAAGAACCAACUUCAAAAUUUUAAUUCAAGAAAGGAAGGCUGUAUUAAGCAUAAUCCUUGUCUGCAUUAGACCCAGACUAUGAAUAUGUGAACUGACCCAUCUGAAAUAUCUGGGGAUUACAUCUGAAAUAUAGGGAAUUAAGUAUGUUCGCAGAAUUUGCAUAGCCAGCAUCACUCUUGAAUCUGGUUCUCAGUCACUGGCUGUGAAUAAUUUUUAUUCUUAUUUAAUGACAUGCUGAGGGUUUUAUGCACCCCCUCUUAUCUAGGAUAGGCUAGUAUGUUUUUAGUUAAGAGGAAUUUAUAGUGACUGCACUGAUGAAAAAUAAUAGGGGGCUCCUUCUUCCAAAACUAGCACCCUGGUUUGACUUUAGCAUUGUACCCUGGCAACAUACCCAGGGCUCUGCAGAUUCUCCCCGUGGAAGCUGAAUUAGUGGCUUGGAAUUUGACUCUCUCCUUAUGCUUCCAGUAGGUCCAUAAAUCAUGCAGGACAACUUCGUCUUCCUGUCAUCUCAACCCAGCCCAAAUGUUCAGGUUUCAGGGAAAGGCUACCCCUUUCUCCAUCAAGACCAGAAGCUAUUGAGACAUCACUUGAGAUCCUAAAACAAGUGAGACAUCACUUGAGAUCCCAAAAAAGUAGCAUGGGAAAGAGUUCACUUACCUUCACAUUCAAGUGUCUAUAAGCCAACACAUGUCCAGCAAGUUUGCCCAUGAGCAAGAACCCCUUCGCACAAUUCACACAAGAAAACCUAGAUGGCUUUGUUUAACAGUAGCAGCUGUUGAAGCUU